UCCCCUGUGACACCAGAGAAGAGCAAGCCAAGGGUGCCAAGUGACACGCACAGUACUCCUCUUCUCGCAGCACUGCUGGCUCAGUCACUCGCCGCACUUCUCCCUCCGAGGCACUCCCUUCACUUGACCUGAUCGCCUGACAUCCAUUUCUUGGCACGAUGGCACUGAAGAGUCUUCUUUUGGCCCUCGCCCUGAUGGUGGCUCAGUUCUUUGACGCUGAGGUUGAUGGAGCCAGCAUAGAGGAGAACUUGCAUGAUAUGAGACAGAUCGACCCAACUCAUGACUGCGUCAGAACACCGGCUAAAUGUGAAAAAGCAAGUGCAUCGGGAGGCUAUUGCCUUAAUCUUGCCCUCGAAUCGGAGUGCUUUGGAAAAAUGGAUCCCGCUUUAUGCAACAACCAAAAUUGCGGAUGUUGCAUAAGGCACCAUUGCGCAAAUACACCGAACAAAUGUCAGGAUGCAAGUGAAUCGGGCGGCUAUUGUCUUAAUCUCGACCUCGAAUCGGAAUGCAGGGGAACCAUGGAUCCCACUUUAUGCAACAACAAAAACUGCGGAUGUUGCGUAAGGCACAACUGCGCAAAUACACCGAAUAAGUGCAAAAAUGCGGGUGACGGUGGCGGAGUGUGCCUCAAUCUUGACCUCGCUUCGGAGUGUGCAGGGAAGAUGAAUGCCACUUUAUGCAACAACAAGAACUGCGGAUGUUGCGUCAAGCACUUUUGCAGCAAUACACCCGCUGUAUGUUCAGACGAAGGAGGAUCCUGCAUAAACAAGAUGGACACCUGUGAUGGAACCACCGAUGAUUCCCUCUGCUUCAACCAACACUGCACUUGCUGUAUCCCUGAACAAACAACUACAGCAGCUCCAACAACAACUACAGCAGCUCCAACAACAACUACAGCAGCUCCAACAACUACAGCAGCUCCAACAACAACUACAGCAGCUCCAACAACUACAGCAGCUCCAACAACUACUGCAGCAGUUCCAACAACAACUGCAACUCCUUGAGAAAGCCAUGACCAAUGAUCUGCAGAACCGUCAAAGAUGACUUCUUUUCUUUUUGACUCUACUAAAUCUAUUUUGAGUUCCAUUCAUAAAAUCCUAAAGUGUAAACUAAAUUAGAUAAACACUUCUAGAUACAUAUUCUCCAUAACAGAAUUAUUGGAAAUUAAUAAAACUGAUUGCAUGCAAAAGUA